GAAGUAGCCUAAGGAAAUAUCCAAUUUAUCCAAUUUUGUAUAAAUUAAAAUUUGGGAUAAGACAGUACCAACUAGAUUAAAUUUAAAUUAAAUAAACCAAUACGAUAGCCAAAAAUAAUGGCUGAGUUGCUUUUAGAUCCAAACAUUCGCUUAUGGGUGUUUUUACCCAUUGUUAUCAUCACCUUCUUGGUUGGAAUCGUGAGACACUAUGUGUCGCUCAUUUUGUCCUCCCAAAAGAAAGUUGAGUUACUGCAGAUGCAGGACAGUCAAGUGAUGAUAAGAGCUCGUUUAUUACGAGAGAAUGGGAAAUACCUACCCCGACAGUCUUUCGCGAUGCGGCGCCACUGGUUCAACAAUGAAGAGACUGGAUAUUUCAAAGUGCAGAAGCGGGCUGCUGCCUCUCAGAACCCCAUGACUGACCCCGCAAUGAUGACGGACAUGUUGAAAGGCAAUGUGACAAAUGUGCUGCCAAUGAUUGUUAUCGGAGGCUGGAUCAACUGGAUGUUCAGUGGAUUUCUCACGACCAAAGUGCCAUUCCCACUGACUCUCCGCUUCAAGCCCAUGUUGCAGCGGGGCGUGGAACUGGCGUACCUGGACGCGUCCUGGGUGUCAUCAGCGUCGUGGUAUUUCCUCAAUGUGUUUGGAUUGCGCACCAUCUACACCCUUGUGCUCGGGGAGAAUAAUGCCGCUGACCAGUCUAAGAUAAUGCAAGAGCAAAUGUCUGGGGCCGCAAUGGCCAUGCCCCAAGACCCAAAGGCUGCGUUCAAGGCUGAGUGGGAAGCCCUGGAGAUCACUGAACACAAGUGGGCCGUUGCCACGGCCGAGGCUGAUUUACUUGCAAGCGCUGCCGAAGCGAAAUCUUAACUAUUGAGUUGAGUUUUCGGGUUAUGGUGAACAAAUAGGUAGUUGAAUUUGUUGUGUAAGUGUGGAUGGAUGUUAAUUUAUGUGUUAAGAUAAAUAUACAUAUAAUGUAACUUAA